CAAGAACCCAUGUGGAAUUAAAGUUUUGACUCUUGAGUUCAUAUAAUUGUUUUAACCCUUUAAUUAAAGUUUUGUCGAUGAAUCGCCAAACAGAAGGUCUCGUGUUAUUGGUUGGGGAAGGCGAUUUCUCAUUAUCGCUGUCUUUAUCACAACAUGGGAAAUUUGGAAGUGAACAAAUGAUUUCUACAUCUAAAGAAAGUCGAGAUUCAAUAUGCAAACACCAAGCUGCACAAAGUAACAUCCAGUUCCUACAAGACAAAGGAGUUAAAAUCUAUUUUGAAGUUGAUGCAAGACAAUUACAUUCAGAUCAGUGUAUGCUAAGGAAUAAACAGUUUUCAAGAAUUGUUUUUAAUUUCCCACAUUCUGGUGGAAAAUCAAAUCACAAAAAGAACAGAACUCUGCUAAAUGACUUUUUCCUCAGUGCAUCUAAGGUUCUUGAUGAUAGAGGUCAAAUUAUGGUAACCUUAUGUAAAGGUCAAGGUGGGACACCUGCUGAUAAACCAAUGAGAGCCUGGCAUGACAGUUGGCAAGUUGUUUCUAUGGCAGCCAACUCUAGUUUAAUUUUGAGAGAAAUCAUUCCUUUUUAUGCCUUGGAAUAUUCAGUUUACAACAGUGUUGGAUACAGAAGUCAAGAUAAAGGUUUUAAUACAGAUGGUGCUUUAAUACAUGUAUUUGAACUAUCUGAUAGUGUUACCGUACCAUCAGUAUUUAAUACAUCACUUGUAUAUAACGAUCAACAUUACUCUUGCUCUCAAUACCUACAUGAUAAACUUAACAGAAACAUUGUGGAAGACUGUGGUCAUCCUCUAUCACAUAUAAAGACAAAAUUAUUAGAUCAUCUUGCUCAAGAUUUACAUAUCAGUUUCUCAUCUUAUUCUCUGCCUUGUUUUAUUCCACACACAUAUACUGAUGGCUAUGAUUAUAAAUAUUUUAUAUUAAAACAAAUUCCAAGCAAAAUUCCUGCAGACACUAAUAGCUCUAGUACUGUUGCUAAUGGAGAUGCCAAUCAUUCACAUUCAACACGUAUUCGAAUAAGAACAUCACUCUUUGAGCAGACAACAGCUAUGUUAGAAGGAUUGGAUAAAUGUAUUGUUACGUCUGGUCUUGUGACAAAACCAUGUGUUAUCUCCCCUAAUAAGCUUCCUGUCCAUCAUGAACUUUUGAUAGUUUGUCCAUUUAAUUCUUUACCAUCUUUAGACUUUGACUCAUUCUCUCAAAAAGUGUGUCAUUCUCUUGGAACUCUAUUUCACAAUCCAGAAGAUCUUCAGAUUACCAAAUCUGCAGAGAUUUGUGUUACAGAUGCUGAGAUGGAUAUAGAAGACAAAAGAGAUAUCACUUUCAGGCAGACAGAAAGGGCCGAAAUAUUACAAGUAGCAUCAGUGGUAUUGUUAAAUAAUUGUUUUAUUGUGAUAUUUAAUUUGGAUAAACUGACGUGUCUUGUUCAUGGAAUCGAUCAACAACGAUUACUCUGGUCCAAAGAUUACAGAUUCUAUGAACAAUUUAACGACAAAUUAAAACCACUGACAAAAUUUCAAUCUUUUUACAUUUAUCCCAUGACCUUUCACCAUGACAUCAGCUUUUGGGAAAAGGAUGGAGAGGAAAUUGAGGAAAUGAAAAUGUAUGAAAUAAUAUGUGAUGUUGCAGGAGAUGUUGUCAAUAAGGUAGAAUUAUUAGACAGGUACAAAGACAAUAAUACUCAACAACAAGGCCGAUGUUAUCGCUUUACUUACGUUUCAUAUGAUAAAGCUUUAUCUUAUAUUACCUCAUGGAAACUCCAAAGUGUUUUAAGGCUGGAAAUCAAUAAAAGAAUGGGAAUCAUACUCAGAUGAUUUCAAGCAUUGUAAGCUUCUCUAAUACAAAGGGGUGGUAUCAGGUGUUCUAGAAAGUAAGUAUAUUCUUCCUUGUGGGGGCCAAACUGAUGUGAUACUUUGGACUUUGAUUUCAGAAGUCAAAGUGACACGGUAGAACUUAACCUUGAGACAAUGGCUUAUGUUUUUUGUUGAAUUAUGUAUAUAUGUGUUUACUCCCAUCUACUUUUUGUUUAAAUAUCCAAAAUAAAUGAAAAUUAUUUUUUAUUUUUUUUUAAAGUUAAUUUGAUCACCAGUGUGUUUUGGUGCUUUAUUCUGCUGUUAUUAAAUGCGUACAAAUCAAAUUCUAUUAUUUGUAACUGUCUAUGUAUAAAAGAGUACCCGUCUUUACAGGCUGGUUAUGGCAAUACGUACGGUGAAUAGUUACAUGUUUUUAGUUUGCUUCUUCAAGUUUGUGUAUCUCAAAAAUUUGGUGGUCAACCUCAUACAACUUUUGGUGCAAAGACAUGGCCAUUUGUUUUUCUGUCUGUAUUGAAAAGCAUUCAGCCAAACGAAAAUUUGGUCAAAAGUUGGAGCCGGACAAAGAGGCCAGAAUUGACAUUGAAGUCAAUGGGGAAAUUAAUGGUGGUCUGCAUCCUUUUAUCGAAAGAGUUAUCUCCCUUGACACAUUAUUUAGAUCUUUUAUGGGUUUAUUAAUAAUAAUAAUAAUCGAUUUGAUCAAAAUUAAUGUCAAUGAUUCUCAUUCAUCUGAUAAAUUAUUUCUUUUCUUUCUAAAAUAGUUAUCAAUAAAUACGAUAGCUAAAUGUUUCAUCGCAAUGGGGGCCAGUGUUAUUUAGACUUAUAGUUAUCUCCCUUGACACACUAUCUUUACACAGAUCACCAUUUUUAUUUUUUCCCCCCUUUUUCCCUUUUCCGCCCUUUGUUCGAUCUUUUGGUGUGAAUCGAAGAAAGGGGUUUGGAUAUACAUUUUCUGCCAGGUUUUGGUGAAUACGAGAGUUAAGAGGUUGGUUAGGUUGAAAUGCAGGGCGGACAGUUGCAUGUUAUUUUUAUGCCACUUCCAGCUUGUGUAUGUCAAGUUUUCCAUGGCGAAUCUCAUACCUGCUUUUGUGCAAGAGGUUGCCACAUGUUGCUCCAUCUGUGGUAGAAAGCGUUUUAUCCAACGAUAAUUUGGAGUCGGCCUUAGAGAUGAGAAUUAACAUUAAGUCAUAUGUAAGAGUUUGAGGCGAAAUUGGAUAGUUACCAGUUUACUAGUAUGCUACUUCCAGUUUGUGUAUCUCAAGAUUUCCAUAGCUAACUUCAUAAUUGCUUAGUGUUUUUGGUGCGAGGUACUGCGAGGAAAGAUAGCAUAUUUAGGGAGGCAUCAUGCUAAAAAGUAGUUCAGCUCUGAACUUAGGUCCCAUUACACUCGCCCUGUACGUUCAGGAAUCGCCCUAUUGAAUCCUUGUCGAAAAAAUAUUGGCCCCCAGUCAAUUUUACUGGGGAUUUUUUUACUGCUGUGAACGCCUGAACAAUGUAAAGGAACAUUUUAGUAAGAAAAUAAGACCUUGCUUACCUAGCUAGGGUCAGUAUGUGCAACACAACACGCUGUUAAAAAUAUUACAUUAUUAUAUCCGUUGCAACCCAUUUGUGUCCAUUUUAGUUGCCAAAGAAUAGAGAUUUAGCUCCUUUUACUAAACUGACGAUGAUUGAUAUGAAAACAAGACAGAAGUGUUGUAUUGACAACAACACUAACAGGAAGGUAUCCCACCCCCCUGCACCAGUGAAAGACUUUUUACGUGGAAAUAAUGAAGACAAAACUUCUUUAAGUAUACGUGAGGUAGACAAAU